ACAAAUUAAAGGCACAAAAUUCUAUGUAUUAUUUAUGCAAGCUUAUUCAGCAUGGUCCGCUAUUAAUUAUUUGUCAAGUGACAUUGAAAAGACAAAAACUUUGGAUAAAUUAACAAAACACAUUGCAGUACCAUCUUGA